UCUCCGCGUGAGUGUGAGGGCUGCGUAGGCAAUCGAACCCCUCUUCACUGCAUAAAGAUUCGAUCACUCACUGGCGAGCGAUCUCGGUAAAGUGAUGGCAUCUGCGGCGGCGACUGCGGAGGACGUGCUCCCGCUUCUGAACUCGCAGGCGUACUUGGAGGGCCAUGCCGUGGGAGAGGCGCGCGCCCUCGUCGCAGACCUCUGCCGCCACUUCUACAACCUCGGAUGGGUCACCGGGACCGGCGGAAGCAUCACCGUCAAGGUCCACGACGAUGCCGUCCCUAAGCCCCAUCAGCUGAUCGUCAUGUCCCCUUCUGGGGUUCAGAAGGAGCGGAUGGUGCCGGAGGAUAUGUAUGUCAUGUCUGGGAGUGGCGCUGUUCUGUCUGCCCCAUCGCCGAAACCCUACCCGCACAAGCCCCCUAAGUGCUCUGAUUGCGCUCCCCUCUUCAUGAAGGCAUAUCUAAUGCGCAAUGCUGGGGCUUGUAUUCACAGUCACGGAAUGGAGUCUUGCCUUAUAACAAUGAUCAAUCCUUCAGCGAAGGAGUUCAGAAUCACUCACAUGGAGAUGAUAAAAGGAAUUCAAGGCCAUGGUUAUUAUGAUGAGCUGGUUGUUCCGAUAAUUGAGAAUACUGCACAUGAGCGUGAACUCACUGAAUCCCUUAGUGAAGCUAUGGCAGCAUAUCCCAAAGCAACUGCUGUGCUUGUCCGAAAUCAUGGGAUAUAUGUCUGGGGAGACUCAUGGAUUAAUGCCAAGACACAGGCUGAAUGUUAUCAUUAUCUUUUUGAUGCUGCACUUAAGCUUCAUCAACUAGGGAUCGAUUACAGCAGUCCAGGUCACGGUCCAGUCAACUGUCUGAGUUCAUUUCAAAACAAAAACAAACCCCUAAGCUCAGGGUUAGCAAAUGGAGGACAUGUUCCUGAUCCCUCAAGACAUUGCAUUGUAUUGGAUAUUGAAGGAACAACCACUCCUAUAACGUUUGUUACUGAUGUCCUUUUCCCUUAUGCACGUGACAAUGUGAGGAAACAUCUUUCUUCUACAUAUGAUUCUGAUGAAACUAAGGAUGAUAUUAAGCUAUUACGAGCUCAAGUUGAGGAGGAUUUGAAGCAGGGCUUAUCUGGUUCUCUGCCUAUUCCACCUAAUGAUGCUUUGAAAGAGGAGGUUGUUGAUUCUCUUGUAGCUAAUGUGGAGGCAAUGAUAAAGUCAGAUAGGAAAAUUACUUCUUUAAAACAAUUACAAGGUCAUAUUUGGAGAACUGGAUUCGAGAACAAGGAACUGCAGGGGGUUGUUUAUGACGAUGUUCCUGAAGCUCUUAAGAAGUGGCAUGAAAGUGGCAUAAAGGUUUACAUAUAUUCAAGUGGUAGCAGAGAGGCCCAAAGGCUUUUAUUUGCAAAUACUCCUUAUGGUGAUUUGAGGAGGUAUUUGUCUGGAUUUUUUGACACCACGGUCGGUAACAAAAGAGAAUCACACAGCUACUCUGAAAUUUCAUUGUCAGUGGGAGUCGAUAAACCAUCCCAAAUCUUGUUUGUAACCGAUGUCCAUCAGGAAGCCGUGGCAGCUAAGGCAGCUGGUCUCAAUGUGCUCAUCUCCAUUCGUCCUGGAAAUGCAGUCCUUCCAGAGAACCAUGGCUUCAAAACUAUUAGAUCAUUCGCAGAAAUAUAAACCAAGACAGGUUAUCUCAUCUUUCAGCUCAUAAUUAUCGGUAUCGAGAGAUUAUCCUACUCUUUUGAACUAAUAAAAAGAGUGCCAAAUAAGAAUGUUUAAAUAGACACCUUCAGAUCUAUCUUUCACCAGCAAAUGUAUUUUAGUAGUAUAUAAAUAAUUUCUGUGUAAUCUUUGAAAAAAUGGAGUUGCCGUGCAAUUUCAAGAAUGCAUAGGAUGGAACAUGUUUUCUGAUAUGGAUGGAGUCUGUUUCGAUAUAUCCUUUUGGAUUGAUGUUGAGGAAUAAUGAGAGUAAAUUAGCAGCAAAAGGUGAAAUCGUCACUUCGAUGGUCCUUCCAAGUUGACCCUUCAUUGUUUGGAAGGGAGGUAAAUUGAAGACUUCGCCCAACAUCAAUAGCACAUGCAAGUAGGGGUUGAGACAAUCAACAAGGUAUUUCGUAUAUGUUGGCAAUAUCUUUACAUGAAUCAACUAUGUCAGUAUGUGGGAGCAACAAUGAGAUUAAAUGCUUCUAUGGAAGGAUUACAAUGAGAUAUUCUUUAUGAUAUAGAAGAUUUCGAAUCACUAAUA